AUGGGAAACGGGGUGUCCGCCCCUCCCGGGGGCGCAGGCCUGGAUGGUCCUGCUUCAGCACCUCAUGGAUCUCCUUUUGUUUCUUCGUCAGCAGUUCUUUCUUCGGCUUCUGGACGCCGCUCCUCGCGUCUCCGCACUGCAUCGCACCCUCCGUCUCGCCGAUCGUCACGUUCCUCAUCGGCUUUUGGGCGGUCGCCAGAAUGCACCCACAGUGGCACCACUCUCAUUCCGGAGGCAGCUUUCUACGCGCUGACGGAGAAGAAUUUAGAGGCGAUUUCGUGUCUUCCGCCGGGUUCGGACAUGGUGUACGGAGUGCUCUGGCCGGGAGCGGCGAGCUGCGCAGGAGAAAACGGGGGCCCUGCCUCUUUACUUGUCGGCUCUGCCUUGCGAAAGGGGCGACAGGACCAUCUCUCUGGCGACGCUUCUCUUCCGAUGGCGGACAGAGCGGCUGGAGGCGAAGGCUGUCUCGUCUCAGGUUUCCCUGCGGCUACGUUCUCCAGGGAAGCGAUAUCGACGUAUCUUGCUCGGUCUGCACGUGGGUACUUGCUGGAGGCCAUGAGGCAGGGAGGGGACCCUCGAUCCCUCUCAGACGACGAGACGUGUACUCUCCAUUCCGGGGGCACGGGCGGAAGUGGGUCGAGCCUCGUAACUGGGAGCCCCGCCAUCGGAGCGGCGGAGGGAACGAAGAACUCUGCUGUCCGUCUUUCCGAUCACCUCUUUCUUCUUCCUGCGUCCAGUGGAGGGGCUCAUGCGGUGAAUACCACCUUGUCACCCGCUCAGGCCGUUUUACCUCUGUCCCCUGCCUGCCUCGGUUGUCCCGCUGUUCACCCGACAGCAGGAGGGGCGACCGGAGCUCCCGAGCCCGGUCAGAUCGUGGCUCGGCUAGCCGGAUGCGUGCACGAGCCCCUCGUCUCCGGCGGUCUCACAGGGACUGCCCAGCUGGGAGAGGCAGUCCCGUGGGGGGUGGCAAGCGUGAAGGUGGCGGAGACAGGCGACCCGCAGCCGUGCGCCGAGGCGGGAGACAGUCAGAAGGGACGCGCGUUCUCCGAACUGGAGCAGGAGGGAGGGGAGACUCGCGGCAGACACAUUGGAACGGCCAGCACCCCCCCUCCCCAGCCUCAUCCGUUUGCAUGGCCUUCAGGCGGAACGGGAAGCUUACGCGGAGGCAGAGGAAGCAGUACGCGAAGCAGUCGGGGGCGAGGACGCUCUGCGACCGCAGCGAUUUCGGCGACCUCGAAAAACCCUUCAGGGUCAGGUGUUCUUGAAGGCUCUCUGUCGUCUGGAGUGGCCCCCAUGUCGCAGAAGAGUCGGGGAUUCGUGCUGUCUCCGUUAUCCAGCGCCAUUUUACAACCCGCGCUCCCUCAAGGCUCACGUGAGCCCGGCGCAUGUUGCCUCCACCGUGCCUGUGAACAUGGGGCAAACGGCUCUGCCUCGUCUCCCGGGAAGUCGACAGGUCCCGGUGAGAGUGGGGUAGGCUCGCACACCGCACCACUCCUCGUGCGCGGGUCGUCGUACGGCGAACCGGCUGCUUCGGCUUCUGCCUUGACUGCGUCUGCUGGAGGCACCGAUGACUGCGGGCCCGGACUCCGGCGCGGCAGAUCGUGUCUGGUGGAGGCUUCUUCCACAGGAGCAGGGAGGCCAUUCCCUGCUCUUUUUGCGUCUUUGCCUUCGCCAAGCGACGCAGUGCACGUGGGCCAAGUCGUUGCGGAGACGACAGGAAUUGCCGAACAAGUUGGAAAUCAAGUGCUGGUGCAUGGGUCUUCCGGCCUCGCCACUGCCGCAGCGUCUCGUGCGUUGGCGGUUUCAAAGACAGACGAGGGCGGCGACAUGCCUGCAGUUUGUUACCGGUGUUGCCAUGAGCAUUUGGCCCCGCUCUGCGUGUCCACGGCGCCUCGAUGCCGAGCGCUUCCGACUUCGGCUGCGAGGGCGGAGGGCGACCGGGAUGUACUGAACCAAGUCGGACACUGUGGUCUCUCCUGUGCGUGCUCCGAAGGCACGAAGCUUUCGAACGCAGCCGGUUUCUCGAGUGCCCCAGCGCCGGGGUCGGCCUCAGCGCUUUCCGCUGCGGCUGGUGCGUCAGGGUGCUCCUGUCUUGUUCGAAGUAGAAAUCCUGGCGGAGGGACGAGGCUUCUCACAAAUUCGGCGACCCUGUUUGAGGGAACAGCACCGGUCGAUGCCCCGCGCUGCUGCUUGCAUUCACGAUCCAGAAGUUCGGCGCCGGUACAGGAACUCGCGCUGGCGUGCGAGAAAGGCAGCUGGCCAUUGAAGAAGCGGGGUGAAGAGACGCCUAGGGAGCGCAUGGAGAAACACAACGACGCGUUCCUGGGAAAGAGAGGGAAGCAUCGCACGAGUUUCUCGCCCGGUCAAGAGGACAGUAGCCCAUUUCCGGAGCGAAGUGAGGACGAGGACGACGCGCAUGUCAAAGAGAGACGUAGACACAGUGCAGAGAAUUUUGCGCACCUUCCCCUUCCCGUCGCCCCCCAUUUAGCUCCGGCCAACAGAAACAAAGCUGGAGGGUCGUGGAGCGCCGACGUAUGGGCGGAGGAUUCAGAGAGGGGAGGCCGUCAAGGGGACAACUGUGGAGGGCGAAAUGAGGCGCCGAAGGAGGUGAGUGGUGUGUCCUCUCUUUCCGCGCGUGUAAGAGAGAGAGAAAAACACGCGACGGCAAGCGAAGAAGAGACGUGUAGUCCUGCUGCUCGUCGCUGCCAGAUUACCUCGGGAGGCGAGGGAGGCGGUGGCGUCACAUCCGGAGCAGGCACAGUUGCAGGCGUCCCUCUGCAUUUCCCAAAACGUGAAGGCGAGGAAGGGGGCUGUUCGCGUGGACACGGAGGCGGUGGGAAUGUCAGCAGUGCGAGUAGCAAUGGUCUUCCAGUCCUUCCAAGGGAUCCCCCUUGUUCCCAUUUGCCAUCGUGUGCUGUUGCAAAAUGUGCGCCAGCCGGUGCCAUGGUGAGGGCAGCGGGUGGAGCUAUCACUCAGCCGUCUUCUGCCCUCGCCGUCAGUCCUGCCUCGGGCGUUUCGGCGGGCGCAGGAGCACUUCCGAGUAACGCGUCGUCGGGGCCUUCAAUUGGAGGAUCUUUCUCUCACUCUCCACCGGGCGGCAGCGGCGCGGAAGGAGGGGGGCCUGGAGGCGCUGGCCCAGGAAAGGGCGGCGGCCCCGGAGGAGGCCCCGGAGGAGGCCCUGGAGGAGGCCCCGGAGGAGGCCCCGGCGGCGCGGGAAAGAAGGGAGGAGGCCCGGGCGGGGGCGGGGGCGGGGGCGGCAGCCACCAGUCAUCGGCACGAGAUCGCGGGGGAGCUGGGAAGGAGUGUCAGUCAGUUGAUUUCUACGUUCGCAGUUUCUGGAAAGUCGCGAAGACGCAAAACGACCUGGAGAGUCCCACCCAGGGUUACUGUCGCGGCUUCGUGUAUCGCCUGCUGCUCCAUCCGCGCGGCACGACGGGGACCGACUCGGAAGCGAGUCACUUGAGUGUGUUUCUGGAAGCCAUCCGGCAAGACUGGUACCCGGACGACUGGAUCUUCCCGAAUGUCCGUUUCGAGUUGACGGUGGUGAAUUUCAAGGACCCGAAACAGUCGGUGACCUCGUGGGCGCACUGGAGCUUCAGCAACGAGGCGACGAGUCGAGGGUGGCAGAAGAUGAUCAGCCAUGCACGCCUCAACAAGCAGUCCGGGUUCAUGGACGAAGACGGGACGGUCUUGGUCCGUGGUAAGGCUGAGCCGCCGUUUGCCUCGCUCUGGUCGCGUGGGCCGGUGUACAGACCCCACCGGAUUUGGGAGUACAUACCGGAGAGAGCUGCCAAGGCCCUGGAAGAAGUUUCCUCCUCCUGCAGUGCGGCGGCGGCCGCGCUCACCGGUGCAAGCGCGUCCAUGCAGACAAGUGGCCCGAACGCGAACAACGCGACGAGUGCGGCGAAUGCAAACAACAUGCUUGUCGCGGGACCCCAUUCCACGGCACUCGCUGGAGGUUUGCCGAGACUGAAGACCCCCACUGCUUCUCUGUUGUCGUACGUCGAUCCUAUUGUGCCCACGCUAGAUUCGUCGCUCGGCGCGGACUACGUGGCGCUCUUUGUCCACUGUCUCUUCCACCUCUGUGAGUUCCGGAAACACAUCUACAUGUGGAAGAGCGAUUUCAUCAAGUCCCCGACAGCGGAGCAACUGGCCCAGGACCCGUCGCUCGCUGCCCAAAUUCCCCCGUUCGCCGACGGCUCGCUCAUCGGUGCCCUCCAGCAGACCUUCGCGUACAUGCAGCUGUGGCCCGUGACGGUUGCGUGUCGCCGUCUCCAGCAUUUGGCUGCCUCCUCGUCGUCGAGCCGAAAGGAAAUCUGUGCCAGUGAAAUAUGGAAGUGGUAUGGAGCGGAGCUGUUCCCCAAGAAUUCGCCCUCGCGGAGGCCAGCACCCCCGCCUCUCUCUGCGGCUGCCUCGCGCCUCGCCUUCUGCACGCUCUGCAAGCGUUGCACGUGCUGCUGCCGAUGCAAGACGACUGCGUACCACGCGGCAGCGUCGAGUCCGCCCUUCGUGCCGGCCGGCGCUGGGCCACCGAGCGAGGGGCCCGGAAGGAAGGGCGAUGAAGACGGGUGGAACAGCAGAGGCACCAGCGGCGGCGAGGACCCCGACUUGCUUCUUAAACAAAUGAAGCUGGAGAGGGACACGUGUCUGUGCUGCGACCUCAUGGACCGCUACCCCGAGGCGAUGGCAGACAUGCCCCCGCAGCCGAACAUCAAGGCGGUGCUGAAGGCCCUGCACAUGCACGACGUGCAAAAGAUGGACGUCCCCGACCCGCUGGUCAAGGUCCACACCGAGCUCUUUUCUCUCUUGAUGCGAGAGCUGGCCAAAGCCAAGUUGGAAACGCACCAGGUCCACGAGUACCAAGCGCGCGCGGUGGCGGCUGCUGCAGGUUCGACGUUUCCUGCCUUCUCGUCCUUUGGAGGCCGGGCGGAAGACGGCGAGGAGAGCCUUCCCUUGCCGCCGGGCGGCGUCCCGGGGGGUCCUUCGGCGGGGGUUUGGACCGACGUGGAUGGCGUCGCCUUCACGUCCUGCGACCAUCUCGAGGCGACGUGCCAUGAGCUCUUUUCCUCCUCGGACCGCUCGACUGGGCUUCUGAAUGCAGACGGCGUGCCGGAUAUCUCUGCGGGGUUCACGCGAUGCAAGCAUGUUCACUCUCUGCAGAAGGCGUUGGAGUCCUGCGGCAAGGUCCUUCAGCACUUCCCGGAAGUCCUUUUUGUCUACCUGCAGUCGGUGAAGCAGUGCAAGAAGGGCGAACUUUUCGACGCACCGUUGCGGCUGGACGCCCACAAACUUCUCCAGCUCCGGCAGCAGCGCAACGAGAACGCGGGACAUACCGACAGCAAUCCGAAAGGGACGGGCGGCGAGAAAGGGAGCGGCUCGACGACGGGCGUGGUGGAUCGGGAGAAACAGCGACGGCGGCUGCGGAAGAAGCUGCAACAAUCGAGAAAGGGGAAUAAAGUGUCGCGCGACGCGCAGGAAGAGGAGUCGGACAUGACGGAAGACGAAGAACUCGCAAUCAGUGAUGAAGACGACGUGGCGAGCACUCAAGGAGACAGUGGGAAGAGCGCCACAGGCAAGGGCGAUGCGGGCAAGGGCAGCCAGGCGUCCCCUCAGGUCCCACCCGGCUCGGGCCAGACGCCCCCGCAGGGCGCGGGACCGACGCCUGUCGGGGGGUCGAGCAACGGCGCGAGUUCGGGCAGUGGGGGGAACCAAGAGAAGUGGUUUUCUCUCUUUGCGCUUUUCAUUCGCGAAGGGGAUAGCCGUGGAGACGGGUGUGGCGCCCAGACCUCGCAUUACCUUCUUCUGCGCCCCGAGGAGGACGGACCCUGGUUCCGAAUCGGAGACGGACGCGUCGAGAGGCUCAGCAGCAAGGUAGACUUCACUGAGUGGAAGUGCCAUCGGGACUUCUUCUGCGCGGGGGCAGUCUACAUCGCGGAGGACUACAUCGACGCGGUCCAGGCUGGAGACGUGGAUCUCUCGGGGGACCUCUUGGAGCUCAAUCCGUGGCUCUACUACCGGACGCUCUACGAUCUCGGCGUGACAGAGGCGGAAAUCAAGCGACCGUGGAUCAAUCUGUCGAACAACUCGAAUGGGGUGGCUGCAGCACCCCCGUCGGCGUGUUCGUCCCCCGCGGCCGGCGCCGGAACGGGUGGGGCGGCCGGGGGGACGCCUGCGUUCCCUGUGGGAAGUGAGCGACACGUGGAGAUGCCUGAAAAGCGAGACGUUGCGGAAGGCGAACAGAAGCCCGGGAUCCCACCGGCUUCAGGCGGUGGCAAGACAGAGUCGGUCGGCUCUUCUCGGUUGGGCGGAACGGGCGGGGCAGCCACCGGGGCUGGAUUCGUUUUGGAUCCCAGCCCCGCCAGCGGCCUCUCUGCUGUCCCCUCAAGUGUCUCCGGCGUGCCAGGCGGCGCGCCGUUCUUCGAAGGUGACAACAACAUGCUGUACGAGAGUUUCGAGUCGGCCUGGAGGCCGCGAUCGCUGGCUGAAGAGAGACGGUACACGGUCCUCGCUCCUGUGAUCAAGUGGAUCUUCGAAGUCGCCGUCGAGAAGGCAGUUGUUUUUUCGGCAAACUCGCCGGAGAUGGUCGAAAACCACUACUGGUUUGUCCUACGCAUGCAGUACCUCGAGAAAAUCCUGCUCCUCGAGCUCCGACACGCCAUAUGCGAGGUGCUCUACGAUGAGUGGCUGGCGAACUACGUGACGCCGUGCGUCGCUCACGCGUCCAAGAACGCCCAGGCCGAGGUGAAGGCGCUGGAGACGACGAAGAACGAGGACGCAGGGGCUGUCGACGCAGAAGAGGAGGCGCUGCGAGGAGAGAAACUCUCCGUCGCGAUUUCCUUCUUCUUCCGCGAUGACGAGGAGGGAGGAGCGGCAGCGGCUGCGUCAGCCCUGUCUGGGGGGAGGUUUGGCCCCGGCACACUUGAGAAGGUGUCCUCUGCCGGGUCCAUAUCUCCCGAUUCGAGAGGAGAGAUGGACACUGGCGCGGAGAAACGUCAGGGGAACGGAACCGAGUCUGUGGAGGACGUUGAUGGAUCAGCGGGCAGCCCGAAGGAAAAGCGAGAGAGGAAGAGAAGCUUCGCGUCACCCGUGCAUUUUGGGCACCGAGAGGCUGCAGAGGUCAUCGCUCACUGGACGCGCACUCACUUGUCGGACAACGGGCGUCUGCUGGUGGACGAGCUGGGAACGCUGUUGAAGGACCCGCUUUACCGGCUUGUGGACAAGAUUUCAACUCUGCGCCACGAAGUCGAGAUUCUCUGUCGAGAAGGAAGAAGCCGCUCUCUGCUGUAUCGCGUGGGCAGCGCCGCCGCCGCUCCGGAGGCAUCUUGCCGAGAAGCCGAGUCGACUGGCAAGCAAUCGCCGGUCGACCCCUCGGUGUCUGUCUCCGCGUCGCGGAAAGAAGGCCAAGCGGAGGCAGGUGAGAAGGGCGAGGCCUCGACAGAAGACGUUGCAGAACCCGAAGCAUUGGCAGAGCUCAGGCAGGCGGUCACCGAACGCCUGACUGAUCUCUGGGCCUGCUGUCGCGCGUGCGUGGAGGAAAGCGAAGAGAUCCUCUCCAAAUACACUGUCGAGCGCCUGCGGACUUGCUCCGCUGCAGAGCCAGAGGCCGAUGGCGGGGGCAGAGCGUCGGAAGCGAACAUUGAGGAUGCGUCCGCCGUGGCCGGAUCUGGGGGCGAUUCGCGCGGGUGGGAAGACGCCAGGAGCCGCGGAACUGCAGGUGAUGAGCGAGAAGGGCGUUGCGGGGGUGACGUCGCGUCGGCCGCUCCGAACGAAGCUCCAUGUCCUCUCCGGCCCUCUGUGCCGGCUUCGGAUCCGUCCACGGAGUUCGUUGACAGCUCGGCGUUUUCAUGCCGCAGCGCUGCUGGGGCUCUGGAUCAUCUCGGCCACGAGUACGACUUGCCAGUCGGCGAGACAGUCGAGCUCGUUGCGUUUCUGGCGGAGGCCUUCUUCCUGCCGGAUUUCCGCACCAUGCGGCGCUUCCUGCGUGACCGGCGGCACGUGGUCUUUGAGCGCAUUCGCCCCCACGAACUGAUUCGAGCGUACCUCGCGCUUGCGCGACCCGAAGUGCAUUUGCCCUCGUUUCUCCAGGACCACGGGUACAACGUGACUUGGUGCGAGGCAGCCUUCCAACCAGAGGACGCGUCGGCCAUUUGGGGCGACGCGUCGGUCCCCGCCGUCGUCGCCGUACAGAGCGCGUCGCGCGGCUUCCAACUCAGCAGAGCCGUCAGCUCCGUGCUGCUCCACCUGCUGGUCACUGCACUCGCGUGUGGACCGGCGAGCGGCCGGGCGAAACCCGAGCGGCGGAGCCUGGAGGGUGAGGCAGAGCCCAAAGAGAAGGACGCCGGGGAAGCGAGCGAGAGAGAGAAGCACGGGACUGCUGCCCGGAAGAGCGGCGCGAGCGGCAGGGGCUCGGACGGUGGUAGUGGCGCGGCAUCGAAGAAGAAGGGCAAACCAAAGAAGGGCGUGAAAGAGGAAGAGGAGAAGAAGGCAAAGUCUCCAGACGAGUCGACAGGUGUGGAGUCGUCUCACGCGGCUUUAGCAAAACAGGAGCCCACAGGCGACAUACUCCCCUCAGAGACUGCGGACCCGCUGUGGGGCGAAGAUAUUCGGAAGAGCGUCGCUGCAGAUGUCUCGGCGAUCCUGCGAGCCAUGGAGCACGACUGCCCAGAUCUCGCUUCUCCGACGGCUGCUAUGCCGCCGACCGGGGCCUCGUCCCAGAGCGACAGUUCCUCUGGCGGACAGGCGUCGGCUGGCGGCUCACCUGAAGCCUCCACGCCAGGUGCUCCACAUGUCCCUUCGCCGCCUGAAACCUCCGCGGCGGGUGGAGCCCAACAAGCGGUGUCGGGCGCGGAGACACCCGAUUACCGAUCCCCGCUAGCCAUGGUUCACAAGAUUCCGCUGACGCUGCCUCUGUCCGCGCCUGGGGACCGGUCUGCCCAGGCCUCCGGUGCAGGCGGAAAAUGCGGGAAAAAGAAAGGGAGAGUUGGAGGAUCCGGGGGGGGGAGCAGUUCAAGCCCGGGCGAUCCCACGCAAGUUGUGCCCGUCUUGGAUCGCGUGCUUCCUCGCUUAAACUUCGAACAGCGCGUCGCGGCAGCAGCCGAUCCGGGAGUCUUCCUUCUCUGUCCCGCGGCUGUCUCAUCGUCUUUGUCUUCCUUCGCGCCUUCGCCGCGCGCGUCGUGCGCGCUGGCCUCGCCGACGGGUGGCUCUGGGACGCCGGCCUACGCCGACAUACCCAGCGACGCGGCGUGCGCUGCAAAGUCGGGAGCGGCGAACGCGGGGAGUUUUGCUUCUGCCUUUCCCAACUCGUGCCCGGCAGGUGCGAACGUGGCGGUGCUGGAGCGAGAGCUGUUGGGGCUCGGCGACGCCGGAGUGGUGCCGUUCCCGGCGUGCGGCUCGAUCGCGACCAGGAGCUUGAACGGCGCUGGAAACGCGUCUCUGGCGGGGAGCAGCGUCUGCCGGCGGAUCCGCUACCACGGCUUGGAGGUGGGUCUGCUCCUGGCUGAAGACCUCAAGGGCCUCGAGGGCUUUUCCAUCGAGGACAACCUGCCGAUCCGCGCGCGUCUCCUCGUGAGAAAGAGUGUCCUGACUCCCACUGGAGCGAGCAGCCUCGCUGCCAGUUCUGCAGGACCGAGUCCCCUCACGCCGGCGGUCUCGUCUCCGUCCUCUGCUUCGCCGUCGCCUUCUGGAGUCUCCGCGCUCCACGUGGCGAACGCGAACGCGGCCACCCAGACGCCCUCUGCGGUCUCCGAGCCCCUCACCGUUCAGCGGCUCUACUGGGCGUUCCGUCGCCUGCUCCACGCUCAAAUUGAAGAGCGCGACGUGGGUGCCCGCGACGGAGCAGCGGGCGGCUCCUCGUCGGCCGGGACCGGGAAGGCGAAGAAUCCUGCAACUGCCAAGGCGUACGAGCAGCAGCUGACGCUGCUGAACCAACAGAGCGAGCGGGAGCUGUGGUGGCUUCCGACGCCGCGGGACGCGUUUCUCCUCUACGCGCUACGCCCGGACCCGGACCCGACCCGCAAAGGCCGAAGACGGUUCGUGUACAUGGAUCCGCUCGACGACCUGGAGAUUUACGCAGACCCCAAGCGGCAGCUGGCCGACGCGACGGCUCCAGAUAUCACGAUCUUGCUCGUCGCGGCCCCGCAGAGAUGUUGCUCGGAGGCCUCGGCGUGGCUGAAGGGUUCGGCGUUUUCCUCCGCCGUGGCGAACGCAGCUGCGUCGUCGGUUCCGGGGGUCGUUCUCCCGCCGCCAGCGCUUACGUUUCCGCUGGAGGACGCCGACGAGUUUCCGCUGCUCGUCUUCAAGUGGUUCUCUGCAGACUCGGUGGACCUCUUCUGCGUCGGCGCGCUGGUGUGCGACGCGAAGCAGCAACUCCAGACGUACAUUCUGGACUGGCUGGUGCCCCAAGUGAGGGCGCGAGGCUACCUGUCCCCGCUGCCGUCGAGCGCGAAGGACGACGCGGACAACUUCCUGGUGUUGGAAGAGUGCCAUUUGCGGACGGUGCAAAACAUUCGCCGGUGGAGCUGCGCAAUCCGAAAAAUCAACAAGCGAGGCGGCGACGUCAUCAUUGUCCAGAAGAAGGGUCUGAUUGAGAGCCCCGCGUCGAUUCGGUACCGGGAGAGCUCCGCGCUCCUGGAGAAAGUGCGCCUGUACGAGGUUAGUCACCACUGCGACGGAGCCGCAGGCGAGUUCGACUUGGGCGAGGGCGUGGCCACCUCGUCGCUGCCUCCCCUCGCGUCCACGGUGUCCGGCGCAGGAAGUGGCGACUUUUUGCUCGAAGGCAACGCCGACAUUCUUACGCUGCUUCCCGACGGCGCGGCUGGAGCGACCGACCGCGAACGGGGCGUGCUGUAUGCGUCGCACCUGCACAGUCUGGACGACGGCGAAGGCGAAGAAGGCGGCGGGGGCAAGAAGAAGAAAAAGAAACAGAAGAAGGCCCUCCCGCGGGCAGCGAUCCCCAGCAACCGCAAAAGCGUCAUUGCGCGACUGGCGGAGGACCAGAGACGAGAAGAGACGACGCUCCUCAAAGCGGCAGCCAAGGACCAGGAGAAGGACGCGAUUUCGCAAGAAGACGGCUCGGCCCUCCAGUCGGUGUCUUCUGCGGCGACCACGGGCACAGGCCUCGCCACUGCGUCGCCUGCGGCGAGCGAGAAGAAAAAGAAGAGCGCAGCCGGCGGCGCGGCGGUCUCUGAGGAAGAAGAGGACCUGGGAGCGGCAGCGCUCACGGCCAAGGUGGGGAAGGGAGGGAAAAAGGCGCCGCCUGAGGACGCAUCCAGACUUGACCGCUCCAAGCCGACUCAAACGCUCGCGCCUCCAGCCCAGAAAGAGGUGGGGCGCCAAGGGGCGGCGACCGGGGCGUCUGCAGCGUCAGGAAAAGCCACUGGAGGCGCCGCUGGGGCAGCGGACGGAAAACAGAGGAGCGCCACGGGCCUGACGACCUCGGGUGCGGCGCCUUCCGAGAAGGGCGAAAGAGAGACGGGCGAGAAGCAGGCAAACAGCCAGAGCGGUCGGGCGCCGAGUACAGGCCCGAAAGGCAGUUCGUCCGCCGCGGCGCUCCGAAACGGCGAGGCCUCGGCUGGUGCGGAGGUCGCGGCUGCGGGGUCGAAAAAGGGGAAAAGGGCCGCUGGGCCCGCACCCAGCGCGAAGACAGCCAGCGACGAGGGUGUGACCGGUCCUGGGGCAGAUGAAGACAAGCGCGAGGAGACGACUGGAGAGACAGGCAUUCUGGGGAGUGGCGCUGGCGUUGUCUGGCCUGCGUCAGCUCCGCCGGGUUCCAUGGCUGCUUCGUCACCGCCUCUGUCGCCGGCCUCGUCAACGAUCUCGCGCGGGUCCUCCUUCAGCCUCGUGGCGCUGCCUGGCGCCAUUCAGGCCCGCAUCUCCCCGGCGGCUCAGCAGUUGUUGCAGCGCGUGUCUGACAAGCAGCACGUGGUGUCUCCGGCUCUGCUGCGAGAAGCUGCAGCGACCCUCGUCGAUGAAUUCCUGUCCCGCGUCAGCCAGAUAUACCGGCACGCCGCGGUGUCUGCCGGCGACAGCGGCCACAAGAAAGAAGGUUCAGAGGGCCCUGGCCUGGGAGAAGCUCUGGGGACUAGCGAGAGUGGCGCGGGAGGCUCGGGAGCUGGAGGGGUUGCGAGCUCGUCCGUGGGUUCUUGGGCUGCGCUGGCGGGGGCCGGAAUAGGAAGCGUCGCGGUCGACGAGAUCUCCGAAUGCGCGGAGGCCCUGGAAGCGAUCUGCUCGACGUGCUUCUCCACGCAACAGCGUCCAAUCUUCAUCAAGGAGAUCCAGCUGCUGCUGGACCAGGAGAUUCACGGGCAAGCGGGAGACGCAGAGGCCGACAAACGCGCGGCUGGAGCUACGGGCGCGAGCAAGGGCGACUUGCCAAGUGAGAAGGGGAAGGGAGCCGCAGCGACAGCCGCGCCCAAACCCAAGAAGGAAGGCUUCUACUCAGGCGUGGCGGCUGGGAAGUCUUCGCCAGCUCAAGAGGCGUCGGUGAGCGACGCGCGGCUGGCGGCAUUCUACCGGCUGUUCUCAUGCCGGCGCCGAGCAGCGUCCGAGCUCUUUGUGCUUCUUUCCGUCACACGUGGAGGCCAGUUGGUCACGCGGAAACUCGUUGCGCAGUACUGCUUGGCAGCGCUGGACAAGGACCCGGCCGGCGACAGCUCUGUCUCGUCUGCCGCACUCCUGGGCGUUGCCUCUGUGGUCCUGAUGUGGCUGUUCCUGGGGCCCCGACUGAUUUGCAAGCUUGGGGACAGCCAGCAAGGUCGGCGGUUCAUCGACGGGGGCCUGAGGAAGAUCUUUGACUUCUUCCAGCAGCGGAUCGCUAUGGCGCUGCAGCUUCAACAGACCUUCCCUUCGGCCUUGCUCUCGUCUCCGACCGCUGGCGGUUCCCUUCUCGGCUCCGGCCAGCGCGCAGGGGCGACCCAGACAGACCCGGUGGCCCUCGUCGCGUGGGCGGCAGGGAUUCUCUUGAAAGUGUUUCACCUUUCGCGGGCUUCCCAGUUAGCGCUUCCGCGCCAGAACGAUGUGCUGACAGUCCUCCAGCAGAUCCAGCUCCCGUCUGCAUUCUUGAGCAAGGCGCUGACGGCGCCGGUCGCGUCGCCUCCGAGUGUGUGGGGCACUGGCGCGGGCGUCUUGGCCGCGGGCGGACCGGGCGCAGGGACAGCGGGAGAGACCCCGCCUGGAAGCGUGAGCAGAGACACUCUCGGCGUUGACGCGGCGAGUGCGGCUGGCAGAGAUGGGGGCAAGCCUCUGAACGCAGGGCGCGGCGUCGGCGGCGGUCUUCUGCUCCCGCCGCUGUCUGCGUCAGUCUCAGCGGGAGGACCGGCUCUGUCGGGUCCCUCGAGCUGGGGAAGUGCGAGCACACCUGCAGAGAGCUCCGCGUCGUCCCAGGCUGGGUUGGAGGAGGCAGGCAAGAAGGGCGCUUCGCAGCGGGCCUCGCAGGCGCCAGCGAAGAGCCCCGAAGGCGCGACCAGUCCCCUGGCGACCGGCGACGGCGCAGCGGCUGGCGAGGCCAGCCAAGGUUCCGGGCCAGGCCGGGGUCUCGGGAAGGGCGUUUCGGGCAAGGGUCCGUUGCUGGUGGGAAUGCAACUCGCCAAAGGCGCUGGCGUGAUAGGCGCCUCGCCGACUUCGCCCGCUGCAGGCGCUCCCGGGAAGCUGGUCGCUCUGGACGAGCGCGAAGACAGCGAGGACGAGAACGAGGGGGCGUACCGAGAAGAGGAGGAAGAACCUGCCGAUCUGCAGUCGAGCCAAGAAGAAGAACUCCUGGUGGGUGAGCAGAGCUUGUACGGCAGCGGGAAGGCCCUGAGUCGCCGCGUCUUCAAGAAAGCGGCCCCGUACGUCGUGGAGGAAGGCACGACGUGGAUGGUCCUGUACAAGCCUGCGUUUUGGCACUGCUCGGGCUUUGGGAGAGACCGUCCGGUCUUUGUGCCCCGCGUGGCGACGCCGCAAGAGCUCGAUGAAGCGCUCGCGCACAUCACGCUCGAGGACCUCAUCAGCAGUGGGAAAAUCGAGAGCUUCCACCUGUACAUGAUGAAGAAGUACCCUCGGCUCGAGACCGUGCGCCGGUGGGAGGAGAUGGAGUGCGGCCUCUGCCACCGGACUGACCUGGAGACCUCCGGCUCGCUCCUGAUUGCGAAGACCCGGCGCGCACGCGAGUCGAUCUUUGAGCAGUUCCGCAAGCGCCUCGUCCACAAGGAGUACCUGCUGCUCUGUCACGGCCGCCUGGACAAGCUGCAUGCGCGGAUCGACCACCCCAUUGCGACGCGCGACUUUGACUCGAGCCGGUCCAAGUCCCACUUCUCCGAGGUCGUCGGCCCGGAUGAAGGUGGCGACGAGGCUCUAACGGAGUAUCAAGUCGUCCGAGUGUUUGGGCUCCGCCAGCCCGUUCACCGCAAGAUCCAGGCGGCCAUGUCGGUUGCCGCUCGGAUCGCGGCGUCUCCGUCCUCGUCGUCCUCUUCCGACCGCGCGAGGGGGACUGGAGCUUCCGCGCCGGCCGCGGGCGCCAAGACGGCAGGCAGUGGCAAAGGCAGUCCAGAAUUCUCCUUCUGUCGGGUGCGCAUCCACACGGGACGCACGCACCAGAUUCGGGUCCACUUCCGCCACAUCGGCCAUCCCCUCGUCGGCGACACAAAGUACUGCGACCUGUACAAGUGCACCGUGGACCGCUCGUGGUGCGCCCGCAUGUUCCUCCACUCUGCGGUGCUCGAAUUCGACAACCCCGACAAGACCGAGACGCAGCACGUGCGAGUCGUUUGUCCCCUCGCCACCGAGUUGCUCGCCGCUCUAGAGAACGAGUUGGUGUGUCUCGAGGACUACUCGCAAAUCACUGCGGACAUGCUGGAUCGGACGGGACAAGUCAAGAAGGAGUUCCGACACUUGGUCGUUUCGUAUCCGACCGGCCCCCCGGACGGGUCGGUGCCGGGGUACUCUGCUCUCCCCGCGGCGGCGUCGCCCUCGUCCUCGCGCUGCACUGCGCUGUGGCCAGCCGGCGGCGUCUCUUCGUCGCCGCCGCUCUUGCCGCUCGGACCUUCGGCCCUGGCCGCCGACGGACGCUUGACGCCUUCGUCGCCCUCGACUUCGCCCCCGGAGCGAAAUGCAGACUCCCGGGCCCCCCUCCUCGGCUCGGCAGCUGCGGCUUCGCACAAGGCGCCUGCAUCCCCGCCCGCGUCAAAGUCCUCGCCAGUUAUCCUCUCUUCAGAGAAGCCGCAGAGAGCCGGCGAGCCUGCGCCUGUUACGCUUCCUGGAAGAGCGCUGGACGCACGAGAUGAAGAACAGAGAGAAGAAGAGGGAGCGCCAGACGCGGAAAAAACGGCCAAACCAUCACCCGCAGACGGCCAGCAGCCGGGAGGGACUCCCGUUUUUUCCGACCAGCCGCCACUUCUCUCUGUGGAGCCGCGGUCCGCGCGGGAAGAGGGGACAGCUCUGUCUCCGGCGUCCGCAGGCGAAGAGAAGGCGCCGCAGCCGAAACCCGCGCAGCCGGCCUUCGCGUCUGCCGCGACUUCGAGCUUCUCGGGGAUUUUUGACUCGUUGCUGGACGCACUCGGCCAACGGGAGGCCCAAGGCCCCGGCUGCUUUGCAGAGGAAGGCCGCCGCACUGGAGAGAGUGUCUCGCGCGAAGGCGGGCACGCUUCCGCUUUCGCGGCGGAAGCGUCCGACUCGGGAACGGGCUUUGCGGGAGACUGGCGAAAAAGGCGCUAUCUGGAGGAGGCGGACUGGUCGAUUGCGGACGCACGCAAAGAACAGAGAGAGACGCGUGCAGGCGCUGGCGAGGCAGACGUGAUGGGCAGAGCCCGAACAGAGAGGGACUGGUCGUACCGAGAGUUCGCGAACGACCUGGCGGUCCUCAUGCGCCUCCCACCGAAGGAAGAAGACGCGUCAGGCCUUCGGCGUCUCACCGAUGCGGUCGCAACAGCCGUGCCGCUCCCGACUGUGAGAGAAGAAGAAGAAGUACGGCAGUACUGGGGCUCUGUCCACGCAGCCCGGCGGUUGGCGUUGACUCGAAACCGCGAACGUUUGCUGGAGACUGCGCUCGGGGCGCUCGUUCGGCUGCUGCAUUUCUCGGAGUUGCAGAGAGACGUCCUCCGCACUGCGACUCGGCCAGAAAACGUCGAUCCUCGUGCCCGCGGGUCGCCAGUGGAGACGGAGGCGAGACAAAUGUGCAGGUACAUUGCCUUUGACGCUCGGUCAGGCGAACUGAUCGCUCGAGAGGGCGGGCACCUUUUGAUUCCUUCCUUCUCCGAUGCCACGAUGGGCGCCGUGGCCGGGGUCCAAGACGCACAGACAGCCGACGUCGCCUCGCUGAAUUCCAUCGCCUUCUGGAAAGUCCUUCUGGACUCGCUGGGCGCUCACUUUCCAGCCGAUAUCUUCGUCAGGUGGGAUGUGGAGAAGCGGGCCGUGCUCGUCGUUCUCCUCAACGAGGACGCGGCGGAACUGAAGAAGAUAUCGCAGACGGCUCAAGGGCCUCAGCAAGUUGCGCACGCACGAGCAUUCCUCGACUUUUACAGAGCCCUCAGAGACCUCUCAAAGUUCGAGUGUGCAACGCCGGCUCUUGCGCGGGCUGUGGGGAACGCGCCGCUGUCGCGGGAAGCUCGGCCGCACGGCGCGGCCGAGAAGGCCGCGGGACGAGGCGGGAGCGAAGGCAAAGAAGAUGUGGGCGGCGGACCUCUUCAGGCCAGCGGGAAGUGCGCACCCGGCGAGGAGUCGUCUGCGUCGUUGUGGCGGAUGCAGGCCUGGCGAAAGUACGCAUUCGGAGACGCUUCCCGUGCUCUGGGCGAGUGCGAAUUCGACAAGCAAGCGUUCCCCUCUCGCCUCCCAGUGGGUGACGCGCCUCCGUGCCGGCGGCAGGGCCUCAUGCGCGCUCCGGACCUCCAGUUCAACCACCCGCUCGUUCACAACCUCGGUCCGUGUCCCCUGGGGGUUCUCCCGCCGUCGCAUCUCCCGGACUUCCACAGUUCGCCGGAUUCGUGUCCGCAGCCCCCGCUGCUGGCGACUGCUGGACUCGCUUCCAGGCUCGCACAGGACCUCACGCCUCAAGAACGGCAGUUCCUUCUCUCGCAGCCGUCGAGCGGGACGACCUCGUUCUUGCCGCCGGCUCUGCCGUCUCUGGCUGAACGUCUCGACUCGGGAGGCCGCUUCGACGGGUCGCAGAGGAGCCUGCGACUCCCUGGGGCCCCAGGCACUGCAGCUGCGCCGGGGUCUGGGCCGGGGUCGGCGCUGGGGAGUCGCCCCUCGUGGGCGCCAAGUCUCUGGGGCAGCCCAGGGACGACGGGCGUGGCGGUCAGUCCGAGUGGAGACGACGCGUUAGGGCGAGGCCUCGGAGCCGGGCCAGAAGGUGUGGGGGAACGCGAAGACCUGCGCCGGGGCCCAGAAGGGAGCGCCCCUCUGGCCCCGUUCGUCUUCUUGUGGGAGGCCGAGGGUGGCCAAGCCGAUGCGACGCCGCCGAAUAACGAGGUCCAGGAAGAAGAGAUCCGCGACUUGAUGGACCUGAGUUUCAUGAUGGGGAGCACGCCGGUUAGUGGACACGGCCACUCUGGAGGCGGGUCCGUCAGCCCAUCGCCAGAGACCGGUGAUCGCGGCGCGAGCGGAAUGUCGUUUGAGUCUCUUGACGACGCCCGCGGGGACUCCGCGGGGAUCCAGAAGAUUCAAGGCCGGCCUGCAACGCCGGGGGCGAAGGAGACAGGGGUCGCGGGGGAAGGGACGCGACGAAGAAACGAAGAAGCGCUCGGACCUGCGUUGGGACGGGAUCCGCAACAGGGACAAGAGGACCGGUCUGUCUUGUUGAGAGACGCGCCGGGCGGCGGGGAGCUCCGCGAAGGAGCACGGCGCUUUUCGCAGGACCAGUCCGCGGCGCCUGACGGUUUCCUGUCGCGCAUGCCGCGAGAAGCCUGGCAGGGAUCCCCGGGGCUUUUGCCUAGCGCGAAGUCGCUACCCACUGCGUCCUCCCCGGCGAGUCCCCUCCUCCCGUUUGGACAGCCCGGCUCCGUGGCAUCUUCCCACGCAGGCGCUGGGCCUUCGUUGUUUCUCAUGAUGGGCCAGCAGGGCGCUGUGGGCGAGCGGCGUUUCGGGACUCCCGGGGAGACGGCGUUGUCCUCCUCGACCGCGCUGCUUUCUUCUGGGGGCACGCGACCGGGACAGAGCCUGAGUCCGCCCGAGGGGGCGCCGCCGCCGGAGACGCCUGGAGAAGGCGAGGGCCAGGUUCUGGUGAACGACAAGUGGUGUGUGCGCGUCGACAUCCCGCACCCGCCGUCAGAGGCUCCACCACACCCGAGCAUCAUGUUCCUGCACCAGAAGGCGGCGCGCGAAAUGCUCGAAAGCGCGGCGCGGGGAACGGACGGCCGACGAGGGACGGAAGACGGAGACACCGGUCCGGCGCUCGCCGCUCGAGCAGCCGCUGCGCUUCUCAGCCGCCAGUACUGCAACGGCGCCGCCGUGGCCGCAGAGAACGCGAUGCACGAGCUCAGUCACCAGCGAAGAGGGACAGAAAUGUGGGCGGCGUCGGGUGGGUCGCUGCACACCGGUGCGGCGGUGGGCGGCGGCGGUCGCCACGGAGACGGCUCGGGCGAACAAGGGGCUGUCAUGGAUGACUUCUUGCUAGGCAGGCGCAGCGGGGGCGCGGCGCGCGCGGCCGGAGCGGGGGCGGCUCCUCGUCCGUCUCCGUCUCCGCCAGGGAACAUGCCCGUUCCGCCGGCUCACAUUCAUCCGUCGCUUCGCAGCCACCUGGCGUCGGCAGCUCCGGGGUUUCCGCUCGCGGACGGAAACGGCGCGUUCGGAGGCAGGACGACCGGUUUCGUCUCGGACCUCCCGCCUACUUCCAGUGGGGACAGCGGGCCGCUCUUGGGCGGCCGGAACCUCCCGUCGGCGCACAUGAACGCAGGCGGAAGACCCAUCUUUGGCGUUGGAGUCGCAAGCGACUUUUCACUUUCCCGGUCCGCGAACGACCCGACAGAGGCGGGGCGAGGCCGCCCGUUCGCCUCGCGGGGCUUCGGCGCGGCGGGAGGCCCCGCGGACGUGGCCGGAGGCCUUGGAGCCGCCCGCAGCGGAGACGGCGCUGUCGACGGUCGUCCGCUUCUGCAGGCUGCCCCGGAUCCGCGUCUUGCGCAUGCGUUCGACAUGAACCCGCAUACACAGUCUCUGCAGUCCCCGCACCGAAUUGGCGAGUCGCUGCUGGGGGCCGGAGGCUUGCCGAGGCUUCCACCCUUGGCCCAGUCCGGAGCGAGUGCCGGAUCGUGCGGGAGUGGCGGCAGAGAGGAGAAAUCGUAG